AUGUUGGGGAACAUCAAAUUCAUUGGAGAACUUGGAAAGCUUGAUCUUAUUCAUGAAUCUAUCCUUCAUAAGUGCAUCAAAACACUUUUGGAAAAAAAGAAGAGAGUCCAACUCAAAGAUAUGGGAGAGGAUUUGGAGUGCCUCUGUCAGAUAAUGAGGACAGUGGGACCUAGGUUAGACCAUGAACGAGCCAAGUCCUUAAUGGAUCAGUACUUUGCCCGAAUGUGCUCCUUGAUGCUAAGUAAGGAAUUGCCGGCGAGGAUUCGUUUCCUGCUGCAGGAUACCGUAGAGUUGCGAGAACACCAUUGGGUUCCUCGCAAAGCUUUUCUUGACAAUGGACCAAAGACGAUCAAUCAAAUCCGUCAAGAUGCAGUAAAAGAUCUAGGAGUGUUUAUUCCUGCUCCUAUGGCUCAAGGGAUGAGAAGUGACUUCUUUCUGGAGGGACCGUUUAUGCCACCCAGGAUGAAAAUGGAUAGGGACCCACUUGGAGGACUUGCUGAUAUGUUUGGACAAAUGCCAGGAAGCGGAAUUGGUACUGGUCCAGGAGUUAUCCAGGAUAGAUUUUCACCCACCAUGGGGCGCCAUCGUUCAAAUCAGCUCUUCAAUGGCCAUGGGGGACACAUAAUGCCUCCCACACAGUCGCAGUUUGGGGAGAUGGGAGGCAAGUUUAUGAAAAGCCAGGGGCUAAGCCAGCUCUACCAUAACCAGAGUCAGGGACUCUUAUCCCAGCUGCAAGGACAGUCGAAGGAUAUGCCACCUCGGUUUUCUAAGAAAGGACAGCUUAAUGCAGAUGAGAUUAGCUUGAGGCCUGCUCAAUCUUUCCUAAUGAAUAAAAAUCAAGUGCCAAAGCUUCAGCCCCAGAUAACUAUGAUUCCUCCUAGUGCACAACCACCACGCACUCAAACGCCACCUCUGGGACAGACACCUCAGCUUGGUCUCAAAACUAAUCCACCACUUAUCCAGGAAAAGCCUGCCAAGACCAGUAAAAAGCCACCACCAUCAAAGGAAGAACUGCUUAAACUAACUGAAACUGUUGUAACUGAAUAUCUGAAUAGUGGAAAUGCAAAUGAAGCUGUCAGUGGUGUAAGAGAGAUGAGAGCUCCUAAACACUUCCUUCCUGAGAUGUUAAGCAAAGUAAUCAUCCUGUCACUGGAUAGAAGUGAUGAAGAUAAAGAAAAAGCAAGUUCUUUGAUCAGUUUACUCAAACAGGAAGGGAUAGCCACAAGUGACAACUUCAUGCAGGCUUUCCUGAAUGUAUUGGACCAGUGCCCCAAACUGGAGGUUGACAUCCCCUUGGUGAAAUCAUAUUUAGCACAGUUUGCAGCUCGUGCUAUCAUUUCGGAGCUGGUGAGCAUUUCAGAACUAGCUCAACCACUGGAAAGUGGCACCCAUUUUCCUCUCUUCUUACUUUGUCUUCAGCAAUUAGCUAAAUUACAAGAUCGAGAAUGGUUAACAGAGCUUUUCCAACAAAGCAAGGUCAAUAUGCAGAAAAUGCUCCCAGAAAUUGAUCAAAAUAAGGACCGCAUGUUGGAGAUCUUGGAAGGAAAGGGACUGAGUUUCUUAUUCCCACUUCUCAAAUUGGAGAAGGAACUGUUAAAGCAAAUAAAGUUGGAUCCAUCCCCUCAAACCAUAUAUAAAUGGAUUAAAGAUAACAUCUCUCCCAAACUUCAUGUAGAUAAAGGAUUUGUGAACAUCUUAAUGACUAGCUUCUUACAGUACAUUUCUAGUGAAGUAAACCCACCCAGUGAUGAAACAGAUUCUUCCUCUGCUCCUUCCAAAGAACAGUUAGAGCAGGAAAAACAACUGCUUCUUUCCUUCAAGCCAGUAAUGCAGAAAUUCCUUCAUGAUCAUGUUGAUCUACAAGUUAGUGCCCUCUAUGCUCUUCAGGUGCACUGCUACAACAGCAACUUCCCAAAAGGCAUGUUACUCCGCUUUUUUGUUCACUUCUAUGACAUGGAAAUUAUUGAAGAAGAAGCUUUCUUGGCUUGGAAAGAAGAUAUAACCCAAGAGUUUCCAGGGAAAGGCAAGGCUUUGUUCCAGGUGAAUCAGUGGCUAACCUGGCUAGAAACUGCUGAAGAAGAAGAAUCAGAGGAAGAAGCUGACUAA